GGGGAGAGGCGGGAGGGGAGGCUGGAUGGGCAGGAGGGCGGGGUCUGGGGGAAAAGAAAGAAGGAUGGUGAGGCCCCGGAUGCUGAACCCGAUUGGGUCCCAAGGUUCUGCGUCCCCUCGCGGGCGAGAGGGAAGAGCCGGAGGGGCCGGAUCGGGGCGGGAAGGGGCUUCGGAGCGGAGAGGAAGCGGAGCCUCGCGGGCCCGUCGACCCUGUGGGAGCAGCGGAUGCCGGAGGCUCCCGGCCCCGCCGCGGUGGAAAGCCGGCCCCGGAGGAGGUUUCCUGCGCCUCCGAGCUGCGCUUCCAUUUACGAUCUUUGAAAUUCAACAACAAUGGAGAAGACGCAUGAAAAAAUGGAAAGGAUUCUUCUAGAACCCUAUAAGUACUUGCUUCAGCUGCCAGGUAAGCAAGUGCGAACCAAACUUUCCCAGGCAUUUAAUCACUGGCUAAAAGUUCCAGAUGACAAGCUUCAGAUCAUCAUCGAAGUGACGGAGAUGUUGCACAAUGCCAGUCUGCUCAUCGAUGAUAUCGAAGACAACUCGAAACUCCGACGUGGCUUCCCGGUGGCGCACAGCAUCUACGGCAUCCCGUCCGUCAUCAAUUCUGCCAAUUACGUGUAUUUUCUCGGCCUCGAGAAAGUCUUAACUCUGGAUCACCCGGAUGCAGUUAAGCUCUUCACGCGCCAGCUCUUGGAACUCCAUCAGGGUCAAGGCCUGGACAUUUAUUGGCGGGACAGCUACACGUGUCCCACGGAGGAAGAGUAUAAAGCCAUGGUGCAGCAGAAGACGGGCGGGCUGUUCGGGUUGGCAGUAGGUCUCAUGCAGCUGUUCUCCGAUUACAAAGAAGAUCUGAAGUCACUGCUUGAUACGCUGGGGCUCUUUUUCCAGAUUCGAGAUGAUUAUGCUAAUCUACACUCCAAAGAAUAUAGCGAAAACAAAAGCUUCUGUGAGGACCUCACGGAGGGAAAGUUCUCGUUCCCGACGAUCCAUGCCAUCUGGUUGAAGCCGGAGAGCACGCAGGUGCAGAACAUCUUGCGCCAGAGAACGGAGAACACGGACAUUAAAAAGUACUGCGUGCACUAUCUGGAGAGCGUGGGGUCUUUUGAAUAUACUCGGAAUACUCUGAGAGAGCUCGAGUCGAAAGCCUACAAACAAAUUGACGCGCUCGGUGGCAACCCUGAACUAGUAGCUCUGAUAACACAUCUAAGUAAAAUGUUCAAAGAAGAGAAUUAGUGAUAUUAAGUGAGCCAUUCUUGAUUAGGCCUGACAGCUUACUUGAGCUAUUUUUUUGUGUUUUAGCCUAUCUUUAUAAAUUUGGAGCAAGCUGUUUGUCUCUGAAAACUGAGCGGACAGGGUGAUGUGGGUGAGUGGUUUCCAUGGAGAAACACUCACUCUGACCACUGUACACGAUGGGAGGAGCCGGGAGGAGCCACAGUGAAAUGGGUGUGACGUGAAUGUCGCGGUGUGCUGUGUUGGGUCCUUAUGGCGGACUCUGCCCUGAGUGUUUGAUUCUGUCAAUAAAGAAUUCGACUUCCGUC